AGCCAAAAUGGAAUUGUUUGCAGGGUAAUGUUACACAGGCGGAAUUUGAAAUUUCGUAGUGUCAUGUGAGGUUUGUUUACUUCCGUGAAAACGCCACUAGCACGUGUAGUGAAAGAUAAUGGCAUGCUCCUCUGCUGUGAAGCCCUUCAGUCCAGAUGAGGCACACAGACUCAUUCACCAGCUGCAGCAACCGGCCGUGUUUUUAAACAUGACCAAAGACUGGCCUGUGCUCCAGUGGACGGCACAGCAUCUCUCACAAUGUCUAAAGGAGAAACUGAUCAGGUUCAGACUGGGCAAGAAAGAGGAGACGAACGAUCCUUUGUUUGAGACGCAGUGUUCAUUUGUGAAUGUGACGCUGGGGCAGUUUUUGAGGUGGGCAGAGGGAAAGGAAGGAGAAGAAGUUGGUGUAUUCCGUGACUUUCCGAAAACGGAGUACUGGGCCUAUGCAGACUACAAGUACAUUGCAGAGGUGUUUGAAGACCAGCCUUCCAAGUUUGAGGAUGUGAAGUGGUGUGAUUUUGGUUUUGAGGACCGCGGGGGCAGAGAGAGCACUUUGUGGAUUGGGACAGAAGCAGCCAACACUCCCUGUCAUCUGGACUCCUACGGGUGCAACCUGGUACUGCAAGUGCAAGGACGGAAACGUUGGCACCUCUUUCCGCCAGAGGACACAUGUAAGCUGUACCCGACCAGGAUCCCAUAUGAAGAGUCCAGCGUCUUCAGCCGAGUGAAAGUCCUCAAUCCGGAUCUCAACCGGUUUAAGGACUUCCAAGGGGCCCGGGCGCACUGUGUCACUCUGCUACCCGGACAGGUGCUGUUUGUCCCCAGACAUUGGUGGCAUUAUGUGGAGUCAGUGGAUCCUGUUACUGUCAGUGUCAACUCCUGGAUAGAACUGGAUGUAGACAAUGAGGCGAGAAUCAGUGAAGCUGUGACUAAAGCUGUGGUCUGUGCCUUUAAAACUUCCCCCAGUGAAGACAACAUGGACGACUGGCUCAACCCCACUGAGGCUGGAGUAUCGUCCCACAGUGAAAACAUGCAGUAUUUGAACCUUGCUUUGAGAUCUGUCACUCAAAAACACCCCUCCUUCUCUUCCAAAUGUCUUCCCCAUCUGUCUACAAAACGCAACUACACCGGACAUAUUUUAACCCCUUCUUCACCUCUCUCUCCUCCCUUUGGACCACAUCUAGUACCCGUGCAUUGUCAACUGCCUUUUGACUCAACGUCUACUACCAUAAAGGCUUGUGAAUGUGCCCGGAAAUGCGCAAAAAUGUGUCGGAAAACAGAAGAGGAGAUGGGGAAACCCAAGGGAGCAGAGCAGGGAGGAUCUGUUGUGGAUUUGGGAGCAGAGAAAGCAGGAUUGGAAAGAGACAGAGAGGAGGAAAAUGAAGAUGUAAAGUGGGUUAGCGUGAGCACUAAUGAUUUACUGGACUGUCUGGUCCAUCCGGAGGUCAUCAAACGCGUGACAGAGUUGCUAAUACAGAGACACGCAGGAGACAGGAGGACUGCACUGGACUAGAGAAUGGAAUGGAAGGCACUCAUCCUUUCCUGGUUAAUCCAGAAUGGUAUUGUUUUGUAUUUUUUAUAUAGAUUGAUAUCAGUCUGGUCCCCACGUCCCCCGUCGCAUCUCAAGCCAGAACCAAACAUGAUCAUGCAAUCAUAUUUAUUUAUUUCAGUGCUGCAUGUGAAGCACAGGAGCAUCUAGUCAUCUAUCAUUCUGCAGAAAUCUGUGAUGUUUUUCAGUCCCCUUUCUGUUUUUCUCCUUUCUUUUUUCUUCCUAAUCAGCCAUAUUUGUUUUGAUAUGGAUGGACUGUGCAUGUUUCUGAUUGGCUAAUCCACCUGUCAAUCACGCCCAUCUGAACUCGGGGAGAUUCACUGGUGACCAGACUCAGAUAUAAAGUAUUGAAGUGUGUAUUCUAGAUAUGAGAUAACACUGACCCACCUCUUUGGUUUCAAAAGUAAAAUUUGCAUGGAUUUUUCCCAUACUGCACAAGGCUCAUAAUUUAAUUUCCAAUUUAUAUUUUUUAAAUGUUACAAACCACAAAGUAGUGAAAACAUUACAAUUCUAGAUUUCAUUAUGUUUCUGUACUAAAACAAUUGUGUUACUGAAAUUAGACGCCACAUAACUGGUUAAACUCCAUUGCCCCUUUAAACUGUGAAAAGGUAAAAGUAACGUUGGUAAGGGUGUUGCUAAGAGCGGGAAGGGGCGAUACCUUCCAGAGCUUCGCUCCAGAUUGGCUCUUUGGUCGCUAUGGUACUCACAGUCGUAAUUCCAAAUAUGGAGCCUGACUCCAAAUUCGCUCCGUUUCCACGAGCCUCACUGAGCUUCAUUUGACUGGAGCCGCUGUGGUUGACAUCACACUUAGUCCACCUCUUUAUACAGUCUAUAGUGGCAAUACAAGCCCACACAGAGAAACAAUGCAGUGUUUCACUGCAAUAAAAGCAACCAAAUUCCAAAAACAUUUUUUAUUGUAGUUUAUUUUGGUAAAAAAAAAUGUACAUACUGUGGCUUUAAUUUCUGAAAUAGAAAAAAAAAUCUGAAGUACAGUCAAAAGCAACAAAACAACCAAAUUAAAUUAUUAUUAUACAACUAGCAUUCAUUUAGCCAGGCCAAUAAAUUCAAUCUUAUUUAAACAGCAUUUUACAUUCAUUUAUAUCAUUUUAACCUCUUAGCAUCCAUCAGCCAUCCCCACAUUUCUCUCUACCAAACCACCUUUGCUCCAUCCGGCUUAUCCAAUUUCCUUAUCCAUCCUUCUUAUUGUCAUCCUGUUCCUGUUCUAACCUAUGAUUUCAGGCCACAGCUGCUCCCUCAAGCUUAUGCUAAGUGAAAAGGUGUAAGAAUGCAACUGUAACUGUAACCAUAUUGCUUUACCUGGAAUGUUCCAUAGUAUGGCAUUAAACUUAGCAAUCUUGUGUUUAUUCAUUUACAUGUGUUAUUAUUUCACAAACCAAGAUAAAUACUACUUAAUUCAAGGUGAAACUUUUGCAAUAUCAUCUCCAUGGUGACAAGCAGGUGUUAUAAGUUAUAGUGCACCUUUAGCUUAGCGCACUGAGUAGACAUGCCAUACGUUCGUUACCUAGCAACAAUAAAAUUAACUUGAACC